CCCUUCGGCAUCGCAAAGCAGACCAAGUCGUCGCUCCUUCGGCUCUCCCUUCUCUGUCAUUCCUUUAUCGUUGGACCUCAACUUUUGUUGUCCAACCACACCAACUCUUGAUACUCCGAGGCUCCUAGACGGAAUCCUCAGCUUCAGCAGUGCUGUCGACCGCUCCCAGACUGGUUCUGAAUCACCACCGAUAGUCCGACUAUCCCAACGCGACACUCUAACCACUGCCACCAACCUCGAAACAUCCCACAAAGUUCACCUCAUUUUCGUCUCGUGCUUCUGUACCGUUCACCAUGAAGGCGUCUAUGUUCCUUGUCGGCGCUAGCGCCAUCCUGGCCUCGGCCAGCCCCAUCCGUGCUCCUCUCGAGAAGCGUCUCGUGAAGCGUGCUCUCACCACCGAGUGGGUCUAUGAGUAUGUUACCGUCACUGUCACUGAGGGCGAUGCCCCCGUGACCGAGAAGGCUGUUCCCACCGCCGUUGUCUUCCUCGAGGAGCCCUCGCAGCCUGCUCCCGAGCCCACCACCGAGGUCAAGAAGCCUGUGAGCCGCCGACCCAAGCAGCAGCCUACCACUACUAAGGUGGCUCCCGCCCCCAAGCCUACCUACGUCGAGCCUGAGCCUGAGCCCACGACGGAGAAGCCCUCGGUUGUCGUUGUCACCACCAAGCAGGAGCCCACCACCUCCAAGGAGGAGGCUAAGCCCGUCGCCACUGAGGAGUCUGGCAGCUCCAGCGGCUCCUACGACCUGUCCCUCGAGGGUGACUACACCUCCAUCAUGCUCAACUACCACAACAUCCACCGCGCCAACCACUCUGCUCCCGAUCUGAUCUGGGACGAUACCCUUGCCGGCUACGCUGAGAACACCGCCAACGGUUGCGUUUUCGAGCACGACAUGACGCAGGGCAACGGUGGCUACGGCCAGAACCUCGCCUCUUGGGGUGCUACUGGUGACAUCGAUGACAUGCAGAAGAAGUCCGCCGCUGGCGGUAUCACCAACCAGUGGUACAACAGUGAGAUGGGCAACUGGGCCUUCUACGGCCAGGAGAACCCCCCUGAUGGCAUGGACAUCCAGCUCUACGGCCACUUCACCCAGGUUGUCUGGAAGGACUCCACCAAGGUCGGCUGCGCCACUGUCAAGUGCCCUGCUGGCUCCGUCCUCCAGUACCCCUCUUGGUACACCGUCUGCAACUACAACCCUCAGGGCAACUUUGGCGGCCGCUACGGCGACAACGUCCUCCAGCCCAAGGGUGAGAAGCGCGUCACCGUCUAA